AUGGCGGAACUCAACCUGCUGCCUUCUUCUUCCAUUGAUCCAAGAAGCGGUUUCUGCAAAGCUAAUUCCAUCUUCUACAGCAAGCGCAAACCAAUCCCUUUACCCUCAAACGACUCCCUUGAUGUCACAACCUUCAUAUCUUCACGAUCGCACCGGGGUAAGAUCGCGUUCAUUGACGCAUCCACCGGCCGUCAGCUCAGCUUUUCAGACGUCUGGAGGGCCGUCGACGCCGUCGCUACCUGCCUCUCCGUCCACAUGAACAUCUGCAAAAACGACGUUGUCCUCCUCCUCAGCCCCAAUUCCAUCUACUUCCCCAUUGUUUGCCUCGCCGUCAUGUCUCUGGGCGCCAUCAUCACCACCACAAAUCCCCUCAACACUUCCCGGGAAAUCGCCAAGCAAAUCGCCGAUUCAAAGCCUGUCCUUGUCUUCACUAUAUCUCAGCUCCUCCCUAAACUCGCCGAUUCCAAACUCCCUAUCGCUCUCCUCGACUCUGAGAACUCGUACCCCAGCAAGUUAAAAAUUGUAAAUACCGUAGUUGCAAUGAUGAAAAGAGAACCGAGUCAAAGCCUAGUAAAGGAAUGA